UUCACAUGAAAACAUCGGGCUUUUUGUUUACGACUGAUAAUUUGACAGUCGCCGUGAAAUUUAGCGAGUUCUCUCGUGAGAUAUGGGAGACAAAUCGCUUAAAGAGCAAUCUAUGGAAAAUACAGAUGUUAAUCAGGAUGAGUUGAUACUUCAACAACAGAGACGUAUCGAGAAGGAGAUCUCAGAGUCUAUAGCUUUAGUUGGCGAGAAGGAAUCAUUGAAGAGCUUAGAACAAGAAUAUGCAAAAGAUGAUAUAUAUCUUUCAAAAGCAAAAGUUUUGGCUCAAAAGUAUUCUUACAUUAGGAGAACCAGACCUGAUGGCAAUUGCUUCUUCAGAGCAUUUAGUUAUGCUUAUUUGGAAAAAUUAAUCGGGAAUAAAGAAGAAUAUGAUAAAUUUCGAGAUCUAGCGUUAAAGAGCAAGGAUAACCUUGUAGCUCUUGGUUUUCCUCAAUUUACAGUUGAAGACUUUCACGAUACGUUUAUGGAAGUCAUUGACAAAGUAGGCGGUGACACAGAAUCCAGUCACAUGGAGCUACAUAAAUUGUUCAAUGAGCAAGGUUAUUCUGACUAUGUCGUUGUUUACCUUAGAUUAAUUACAUCUGGUCAAUUGCAACGUGAUGCGGAUUUCUACCAACACUUCAUCGAGGGAGAUCGCACUAUUACAGAAUUCUGCCAUCAAGAAGUUGAACCAAUGUAUAAAGAAUCUGACCAUAUUCAUAUUAUAGCAAUGAGUAGUGCUUUAGGAACUGGUGUUAGAGUUCGUUAUAUGGAUAGAGGUGCGGGAACUGAAGUAACAGCCCACGAUUUUCCUGAAGGUGCCAUACCAUCUGUGCACUUAUUAUAUCGUCCUGGUCAUUAUGAUAUUCUUUACCCUUGAUGAAUUUGGUAUUAUGCAAAUUUUUUUUAAUAUUACAAAAAACAUUUUCAAUGACCAAAUCUAUACUUCGAUUUUUAAAAGCAUUUCAGUUAUAACGCAUAAUGCAAUAUAGUAUGUUGUCUUUAAUUCAGUAGAAAAGAAAUAAGUUAAUUUUUGUGCAAAUGCACAAAGAAUUUGUGCAUUGUGUAUAUUUUCCAAAAUAUAUCUAAGUGCAUUUUCAUUAUCAUACCUGUUGUUUCUAUACAUAAAGACAUCGUAAAACAUUUUAAACUUUAACAAUAAUUAUCUGAAAUAAAUGGCAGAGAAAUCGA